AUGUCAGUGGGAGCCGGGAAGGAGGGAGUGGGGCGAGCAGUUGGGCUUAGAGGCGGCUGAGGCUGCCAGGCUGACGAGGAACCAGGACCCCCUUCCUGACUGCGGGGCUUGGGUCCGGGACAAGGCAGCCCGGCAGGCGCCAGAGGCUGCCGCAGCCCUGCGUGGGUGGACGGGCGCGCAACUCUGGGGCGCCGGCGACCGGGGACAGGCACCUGCACUGGCUGGAUGGACCUGCAAGCCUUGCGGCUGUCCACCGGCCCCAAUGCCAGUAACGCCUCCGAGGGCCCCGAGAACCUUACCUUGGCCGGGUCGCCGCGGCGUCCUGGCAGCGUGGCCUACAUCAACAUCAUCAUGCCUUCAGUGUUUGGCACCAUCUGCCUGCUGGGCAUCGUGGGCAACUCCACGGUCAUCUUCGCGGUGGUGAAGCGGUCCAAACUGCACUGGUGCAGCAACGUCCCUGACAUCUUCAUCAUCAACCUCUCGGUGGUGGACCUCCUCUUCCUCCUGGGCAUGCCCUUCAUGAUCCACCAGCUCAUGGGCAACGGCGUCUGGCACUUUGGCGAGACCAUGUGCACGCUUAUCACAGCCAUGGACGCCAACAGCCAGUUCACCAGCACCUACAUCCUGACAGCCAUGGCCAUCGACCGCUACCUUGCCACGGUGCACCCCAUCUCCUCCACCAAGUUCCGCAAGCCUUCUGUGGCCACCCUGGUGAUCUGCCUCCUGUGGACUCUGUCCUUCAUCAGCAUCACCCCAGUGUGGCUCUAUGCCAGGCUCAUCCCCUUCCCCGGGGGAGCCGUGGGCUGUGGCAUCCGCCUGCCCAACCCAGACACGGACCUCUACUGGUUCACCCUGUACCAGUUCUUCUUGGCCUUCGCCCUGCCCUUCGUGGUCAUCACGGCCGCCUACAUAAGGAUCCUGCAACGCAUGACGUCCUCAGUGGCCCCCGCCUCUCAACGCAGCAUCCGGCUGCGGACCAAGAGGGUGACCCGCACGGCCAUUGCCAUCUGCCUGGUCUUCUUCGUGUGCUGGGCGCCCUACUACGUGCUGCAGCUGACCCAGCUGUCCAUCAGCCGCCCGACGCUCACUUUCGUCUACCUGUACAACGCGGCCAUCAGCUUGGGCUACGCCAACAGCUGCCUUAACCCCUUCGUGUACAUCGUGCUCUGUGAGACGUUCCGCAAGCGCCUGGUGCUGUCGGUGAAGCCGGCCGCCCAGGGGCAGCUCCGCACAGUCAGCAAUGCUCAUACGGGGGAGGACGAGCGGACAGACAGCAAAGGCAACUGACCCACCCCUCCUGCCACCCGGACACCUCCGAGCCGGGACA